AUGGCGUUUGACCAUAUCGGCAUUCGGGUCCCGCCUAGGAUAUUUUCUGCUACCCUUGCAUUUUAUCUGUCUGCUCUGAAGCCACUUGGAUAUAAAGAGAUGAUGCGCCCCAUUGAAAACUGUGUUGGCCUGGGUGUCGACCGUCCAGAAUUCUUCCUUACUGCCGACCACGAAGUCCCCGCCAACCAAAAGGUACACCUCGCUUUCAAAGCCGAUAAUCACACCACUGUCGAUACCUUUUAUUCUGCAGGUGUUAAAGCUGGCGGUACUUGCAAUGGACCCCCGGGCCCACGGCCUGAAUACAACACACCCACAUACUACGCCGCUUUUGUCCUCGACCCAGCCGGGAACAAUAUAGAGGCUGCGUAUGAAUAA